AUGGCAUUCUACCAAUUCACGCCUGCACGGUGGAGUAAGCUUUUAGUCGAGCGUAAGAAAUCCGAAGAAAAUACUAGAGCGCUUCUGCAACUAUUGGAGCAAGAGGUGUCCUGCCUUGGAGAUACAAGGGAUGGCUCGCUUCAGGAAGCAGCACACGGCAGAGCCGCAUUAUGGGCAGGGCAUUGCCGUCUCUUGAAUCGAUCCAAAUAUCUUGAGGAGCAACUGGGCCUCGCAAGACGGCGAUUGAGCGUCAAGCAAUUCGAGCUGCGGGCAGCCCACUUCCGAGCCUGCGAAGAUCGAAAUAAUCGGCCAUGCCAUGAAUGUCGUUUGGUGGGGGAUGUCGAUCUUGCGCCGUGCUUCCAACUCGGAGCCGUCAUUCAGCGCACGUGCAAGCUCCCUGCUCGACGAGAUCACCCAUGA